UUCACAAAUCCUCUCUCUCUCUUUUUCAAACCCAAAGAAAACAAACAUAGAGAUAGUGACUUCAAACAUUUUUGCUUCAGGGAAUCUCUGUGCACAUACAUAGAGAUAAUUCACAACAACAAUAAUUACAACCAAUCAAUCAAAAUCAUCCCCUCGUCUUCCUCUUCUCUCUCUCUCUCUCUCUCUCUCUCUCUCUCUAAUACUCUCCCUCUCUUCAGUUUGAAGCAAAACCCUCCAUGGAGAUCCAAAAAAAGCUUCUCAAGUUCAAGUUCCAUAUAUUGUUCACACUCAGUCUCUUGGGUUUGGUGUUUUCUUUAGUGAUUUUUGCUCCAAGGGUCUUGACCAUUUUGGCUUACUUCUGGCCUCUCUUUCUCUCCACUGCUCUCUUCCUUGUCGCCGUCGUCUUCUUCGGCAAGACCUCACUGCCCGCCGCUGAUUCCCAUAUCGAGCACCACAAAGCCGCCGCCGAAGACAUCCUCGGUUACGUUGCCGGCCAAGAUCAUGCCGUACAACAUCCACCUCCACAAACUGAAGCUGAAGAUGAAGGUGAACCAGUUCCUCAAAGCUUCCACCACACACAGAGUGGUAGCUCCAGCUAGUUCAAUUUUUUAGUGUAAUAAUUUCUAACUCUUUUGUUUUUGUUGUCUUUCUAAUGUACUGAAGUGUAGAGUAUUUUGGGCAGAAUAAUAAACUUUUUUUU